AAAUAAAGAAAGAAAGCUACAGCGAGAGAGUGCAAAUUAAGAGAUCGUCCGUUUAAUAUUUUGGGGUCAACUGUAGCCGCAAUUAAGGAUCGGAGUACAGUUUAGCAUAUAUGGCUUCAUCAGGUGGUGGCGGUGGUGGUGGCGGUGGUGGUGUUCCGCCGGGGUUUAGGUUUCAUCCAACAGACGAAGAGCUUCUUCAUUACUACUUGAAGAAGAAACUUUCAUUUCAUAAGUUCGAUAUGGAGGUAAUCAGAGAAGUCGACUUGAAUAAGAUGGAGCCCUGGGAAUUGCAAGAGAGGUGCAAGAUUGGAUCAACACCGCAGAAUGAGUGGUACUUUUUCAGUCACAAGGAUAGGAAGUAUCCCACAGGUUCAAGAACAAACCGAGCAACAAAUGCUGGAUUUUGGAAGGCAACAGGCAGGGAUAAAUGCAUAAGAAACACAUUCAAGAAGAUUGGUAUGAGGAAAACCUUAGUGUUUUACAGAGGAAGAGCUCCACAUGGCCAAAAGACUGAUUGGAUUAUGCAUGAGUAUAGGCUUGAAGAUUCCGACGAAAAUUCAAGUGAGGAUGGGUGGGUGAUUUGUAGGGUUUUCAAGAAGAAGAACCUAUUCAAAGUAAUUGCAAAUGAAGGUACAACUGACACAGGCUCAGAUCAUCUACUAAACAGCAGCACCUCAAUCCACCAACCUCGAACAACCUUGAUCACACACAAAGAUAGCCCAUAUCUACUACAACACCAACAACACAGCCAUGACCAUAGCUUAAACUAUUCCCAUAUUCCUACUGCAGUUGCUACUACUUUUCCACAACAUGAGUAUAAUUCACAUAAUAAUAAUAAUAUUCAGUUAGCACAAAACUUCAUGUCAUUGGGAUAUAAUCAUCAUCCUCAUGACUUCUCAUCAGGUGAGUCUGGUUUGGAGGUAGCAAAUGUUGCAUCAUCUUCUAUGAAUCAAAUCAAUAAUCACCUUCCGCUGCGUGGAGAGAUGGACUUUUGGAGUUAUGGAAAGUAAUAAUUAAUUAAACGACUUCUAUGUGUACACAAUGGAUUACUAGAGUUACUAUACAAUUAGUUACAUUAAUUAGCUCUAAACUAUGUAUAGAUAUUGAAGAAACAGCAUACUUAAUUAAUUACUUGUUGGUGUAUUAUAUAUAUUGGAUUUUGGGGGGAAAAUUGUGUCCCCUCCUUAUAAAGUUUCUGUUUGUUGUGCCAUGAUUAUUGGAA